GUCUGGGACAGCUCUCCUGCUCGAGGUCAAGACACCCGGAGAAGAUCAGUCCGAUCCCGCAAUGAGUGGCACGAAGCGACCUUGGGGUUCAUCCAGUGACAGUGUCGAGGACUCAGAUCGCUCAACGAAGCAAAGUAGGAGCAUCGAAAACGAAAUGGAGAGGAUCAGUUUGCCGGUGUCGAUCGAUCUCGAAACAUUUGUUUCAUCGCGAAAGGACGAGUUGGCGAAUCUCGCCAAUGUGGUCAAAGUUAAGAUGCGGAAACUAGUCAGUCAACAACUGCCCCGUCACUUACGCAGGAGGACAGUUAGUCACAACAGAAAACGAUUGCCCAAACGUUUACAGCCUCGCUUCAACGCCGGAGGCGCUAAAGAAACGAAGCGACCAUCGAGGUCACAUCGUCGGCGGCCGAGGAAUCUUCAGGAAGACUAUGCGAGAAGAUCAAGAGAGAACCGCUGGUUGGAAACGCACAUCUGGCAUGCGAAAAGAUUUCGCAUGGUGAACAAAUUCGGUUUCCGGAUCCCAGAGAGCAGUUUCGAUAAGAGUUUGCGGGCUUGCUACAGGGGCUCUGCCAAAUAUUGUCUCCUGAACGACGUCUCCUACGAAUGUUGCAUUCAGUUGCGUGGACGCGAAGAAAAUAUUUGCUCCCUCCUGGACAUCCACACCCCGAAGGACGUGGGGCUACGAGUUGGCUCGAGAAAGUACAUUGAGGGCGAAUAUGAGGGGAAUAUCUGGUUCUACGAAGCAGGUUCAUAUCCCUAUGGUGCCAUCGGUGAAAUAAGCUUCAUGUGGAGGCCGAAAUCCAGUGCUUCUACUGAGCGAACGCUUUGGCUUUGGUGUCAUCCCACGAUGCGAGAAGCCAUACUCGCAUCUUUUGAAAAAGCUCUGGAGGGCUGUGAUGACUCUGGGAACCCGACCUCGGAGUCGCUGUGUGAGUAGACAUCCACGGUCGUCGUAGAAGAUCUUAGAGGGGAGUUGAAUCGCUUUCGACUCACCGGGCCCCUGGCUGUGAGAACACUCUGUGAGUCAUUGACUCAGGACGAGACGGGGCUGGACGUAGGCCUGAAGCUGAACGCAACGUACUUUAACAAAUUCUGGGACCUGCUCAAAAAAAACUCUUUAUCUGCAUCCUCUCUUGUACGAGACGGUCAAAUCGUCGGCAACCUCGUCUUGGACCCGCGGUUGCACAUGCCCACGAAGCGUCUCGUUCCCACCGUCGUUGGAGCUUCCGAAGAUCAAGGAAUUUCGCAGAAAGAAUCUAUCCCAGUAGAAAGUGAGAUUUGGGAAGGCGAGACGCGACUUCGGGUCAAAGAGCAGAUGCUGACCCAGGAUGAAAUUAACAAGUUCCGCCAGGAGAAUCUCGUGCCGGGCACACCAUUGGACCUCAAGGAGAAAGAGAGUCGCAUUCCGAUAAUUGUGAUUUUCCGUUCUGGAUCCCGUGAAAAUCUGGGCUAUGGUCGGGGCUGCGACGUCAUAAUCCCGCCUGGUUGGGGUCGGCAAUUUUUCAUCGCGUUCAACUACCGAGGGGCUAGGGCCGCUGGACUCCGCGAUAUGAAUGCGGUGACCAGAUACUGCAAUCGAUUCGUAUUCCCCGACGAUGCACCCGAUAGUGUCAUCGCUAAAGCUUAUUUGGCAAAUGAGACGGAAGCGCUCCGCGACAAACAUUUCACCUAUCCGCCGAACAAACGACCUCCGUUCAUGAGGUUGGGCGUUUUCAAACCGUACGAAAUGCCUUUCGGUCAUCUCGUUUUUUGUUAUGAGUCGAUUUGGGAAUACGGAGCAACGCCCACAGGCAAAUUCUAUGUUCUCCGAGAUCGAAACAAACUGUCGGCGCUGUCGAAAGUCACUAAAGCUAACAGAUUCGAUGUGGCUGCCUUCGAAAAAUGUAUCGCAGGCGAGAAUGUGGACGCCGUCUUGGUACCGGUGAAGUUAGUCUCUGUGAGCAAAGGAGUUCCACAGAGAUUUUCGCGAAUCUACGUCGUGCCGGAUUCCUUGGUCGAAUAUGAAGUUUUGGUCGACGAGCUGAAGCAUUCCCCUCCUGUUAUCGAAAGUCGGUGCGAAAGAGAAUGUUACGAUGAAUGGAAUAGGAAUAUGGACGCCAUGGGGGGAAAUCAGUUCCCAAUCAUCGGGUUCGUCACGUCCGGCGAUAGGAACUUGACCGGGAAGAAAGCCACGGCUUUGGGAUAUGUUUCGUUGCAGGGUUUGCUCAAAGUGAUGACCAAUCCCGACAAGCGGGGGACUUUCGCUUUCCGGAACCAGGACGUGUUUGGCUACCACAGAGCGACGUUGGAGAUAUUAUCUUAGCCUAUGUAUUGUUGAGCUGAGAGCAAAUAAAUAUAAUGAGU